UUUUAUUAUUAUUAAUUAUUAUUUUAUUGGCCGGGAUUCUGCUGUUGUAUUGAAAAGCUGGGCCGUCGGUGUUUUUGUUUUUGUUUCUUUUCUUUGGGGAUUUGUGUACCCCUGCUAGGACAUUUGAAAGAAGAUUUUCUCCCUCCCUUUCCCCCUUUUGUUUCCCCCCUUUUCUCCUGCAAGGCUUUUAAAACACACACAAAAACCGACGCUGGUGUAAUCUCUUCUUUUUUUAAUUUUUUUUUUUUUUUUUUUUUUUGCUUGACAUCUGGGAGCCAACCCCCCCCACUCUCAAAAUAACCAAAGACAAUGGUGCACUGUGCCGGCUGCAAACGGCCCAUCUUGGACCGGUUUUUGUUGAAUGUACUGGACAGGGCUUGGCAUGUGAAGUGUGUUCAGUGCUGUGAAUGUAAAUGCAAUUUGACAGAGAAAUGCUUUUCCAGAGAAGGCAAGCUUUACUGCAAAAACGACUUCUUUCGGUGUUUUGGGACCAAGUGUGCCGGCUGCUCCCAGGGGAUCUCCCCCAGUGACUUGGUCAGGAGGGCGAGGAGCAAAGUGUUCCACUUGAACUGUUUUACUUGUAUGAUGUGUAACAAACAGCUCUCCACCGGCGAGGAGCUCUAUAUUAUCGACGAGAACAAGUUUGUCUGCAAAGAAGAUUAUCUAAAUAACAGCCAUACUGCCAAAGAGACCAGCCUGCACUCAGCCACUACCGGCAGUGACCCCAGUCUGUCUCCGGAUUCCCAAGAUCCUUCCCAAGACGACGCGAAAGACUCGGAGAGUGCAAACGUGUCAGACAAGGAAGCUGGCAGCAACGAGAAUGAUGAUCAGAACCUGGGGGCCAAGAGAAGGGGUCCCCGCACCACAAUCAAAGCCAAACAACUAGAGACACUGAAAGCAGCCUUCGCAGCUACCCCCAAACCCACCAGGCACAUCAGGGAACAGCUGGCCCAAGAAACCGGGCUCAACAUGCGAGUCAUACAGGUGUGGUUCCAGAACCGGCGCUCCAAGGAGAGACGCAUGAAGCAGCUGAGCGCGCUGGGGGCCCGCCGGCACGCCUUCUUCCGCAGCCCCCGCAGGAUGAGGCCGCUGGUGGACCGGCUGGAGCCCGGGGAGCUCAUCCCCAACGGGCCCUUCUCUUUCUAUGGAGAUUAUCAGAGCGAGUAUUAUGGCCCUGGAAGCAAUUAUGAUUUCUUCCCACAAGGACCCCCUUCAUCUCAAGCUCAGACACCAGUCGAUCUCCCCUUUGUGCCCUCUUCUGGGCCAUCAGGAACUCCUCUGGGUGGACUGGAUCACCCAUUACCCGGACACCACCCUUCUAGUGAGGCUCAGCGCUUCACUGACAUAAUGUCGCACCCACCUGGAGACUCACCCAGCCCUGAGCCCAACCUUCCAGGUUCUUUGCACUCCAUGUCUGCAGAAGUUUUUGGUCCAAGUCCUCCGUUUUCUUCAAUAUCCGUCAACGGUGGUGCUAAUUAUGGCAAUCACUUGUCACAUCCACCAGAAAUGAAUGAAGCCGCUGUGUGGUAGCUUUAAAACAAACUGGGUCUAAGUAAGUGAUGAUCUUCUAGUCUGCUUAUGUUAUGGUGUACAGAAAUGAAUAAAUAUAACAUCUCUCUUGCCCUAAGACAAUUUUACUGUGGGAAUGAACUGAAUCCAAAUCACUCCAAGGCAAGCUUUGCUAUAGACCGGGACAAUCUUCAUAAUAUGGUUGUAACAAACAAACAAAAAAGCGACAUUUUUUGGUACCAUUGAAAAGACACUGGUGAAGCUGUACAGUAAAGUGCUGCCCUGCUAUAGGAUGGCAUAGGUUGAAUACCCUGUUGGAUGUCACCCUAAGAGCCACAAUCCUUAGGAGCUUUUCGUUUAAAAAACAAAAAGAACAAAAGAAAGGUCAAAGAAAGGGAGGGGGGAAGUGUGAAGAGCGCUAGUAUUCCUGGUUAAGGAUGGUUCUGGCAUUAUGAAUUUGUUUGUUAAUUUUGUCUCUCAGAAAGUUCAACAACAACAAACUCUUUUUAGCUUCAGAAACAUGAGCCUGCUGACUAUCAGGUGGGACUUUUUGUUUUUUAAUUAUUUUGCCAAAAUAACAAAUACUAAAUGUAAAGCCCUCAGCAUCAACUCUUCUACCUUCACAAAGCUACACACACAAAAAAAUCCUCAUAAUAACAAAGGUCGCCAACCAGACCUCUAACUAAAAAUGACUUGAAACAAACAAAUAAAAAAAGUAUUCUACCUUCACAAAAAAACCUAAACAAAAGACUCUACUGACCUAAAAACAGUCAACUGUUUACGUAGAAUGUUAAAUUCAGGAGUUCAAUGUUUUACUAAUAAAUCCUGUUUUAGAACCUCUUGUUCAAAAGCAAAAUAUUUUGAGCAACCAACCAAAAUAUAUCACUUUCUUUUCUGUAGAUGUUAUAUGACAGAUUGCAGGGCUUGUGGUUCACUGUGCUCGUUGUAAAAGGUGUUGUUUACAGAAGGCAAAGAAGAAGAAGAAGAAAAAAAAAACACAUGAAAACCAGACAGUUGCCAAAUAAAGUAAUUAUAUAGCACAAAUACUGUAAGGUGCUUUGCACCAGCAACCUGAGCAAGUGUUUUUUGUUUUUUAUUUAAAGUGUUACAAGGUUAAACAAACAAACAUCUUUGCUAAUUUUUAGUCCUGUUGAACAUUCAUGGAAUUGUUAAUAUGACUUAUAUAGACCCACACAGGUUUUAUUUUUGUGUCUUUAAAAGAAAAGUCCAAAAUAUUUAAAUUUUAUGGUCAAAUAUGCAGUCAACAGCUGCUGCUUUUUUCUUUAUAUAUUAAAUUUCUCAUAUGUCUUUUAUUGUUCUAAUAAACCUAAGCUUGUGUGACCUCCAGUGCAUAUUAGACCAUUCACUGUAUGAAAGAAAACAUGUUGGAUAAAAUUUGUGAGUUUUUAAUAAAAUUAGAAAAUCUGA